AUGGGUUACCCAGACACUUUCGAAGGCUUCUGCGUCGACUCGCCAAAGACGUGGAACAAGUUUUCCAAGCAGGAACUCAAGCCGAAGCCCUUUGAAGACUACGAUAUCGACGUUGAAAUAGCAGCCUGCGGAGUGUGCGGUUCAGACAUCCAUACCCUCACGGGCGGCUGGGGAGACUUCCAAGGCCCGCUCUGCGUCGGCCACGAGGUGGUCGGCCGCGCCGUCCGGGUGGGCAGCAAGGUCCGGUCUGAAAUCAAGGAGGGCGACCGCGUCGGAGUUGGCGCACAGGUCUGGGCCUGCCUAAAGUGCAAGGUGUGCGAGAGCAAGAACGAAAACUACUGCCCUCACAUGGUGGACACGUACAAUGCAAAAUAUGAGGACGGCAGCAGCGCCCACGGCGGCUAUGCCAGCCACAUCCGCGCUCACGAGUACUUCACCUUUAAGAUCCCCGACGGGCUCGAGACGGAGAUUGCCGCGCCGCUGCUGUGCGCAGGAAUCACCGUCUACUCCCCCCUGUUCCGCGCGGGAGUAGGCCCAGGAAAGAAGGUCGCCGUCGUAGGCAUCGGUGGUCUGGGCCACCUGGGCGUGCAGUUCUCCAAGGCCCUCGGCGCAGAGACGUACGCCAUCACUCACUCCAAGAACAAGGUCGAGGACGCAAAGAAGCUGGGCGCAAAGGAGGUCAUUGUCAGCUCCGACAAGGACUGGCACAAGCCGUACGCCUUCACCUUUGACUUUAUCCUCAACGCCGCCGACGCCCUGGAUCAGUUCGACCUCCCAGCCUACAUGUCUACGCUCAACAUCGAGGGCCAGUUCCACACCGUCGGCAUCUCGGACAAGCCCGUACCGCAGCUCACCGCUUUCGCUUUUGCCCCCAACGCCGCCAAACUGACCGGUAGUCACCUCGGUAACCACCAGGAGAUGGAUGCUAUGUUGAAGCUGGCAGCCGAGAAGAACGUCAGGCCGUGGGUCGAGACGAUUGACGUUUCGGAGGAAGGUUGCAAGAAGGCGGUCGAGGGUGUCAAGGACAACAAGGUCCGUUAUAGAUACACGCUGACUGGCUUUGACAAGGCUUUUAGCCGUUGA